AUGCCAACGGGACAGAGGGAGCGGCUCACCGUGCAGCAGGAAAACACGAACUCGCCAGCACCCGCCUCCGAUCAGCGUCCCCUGCUGGAGGUCGUUGAUCUCAAGACUUACUUCCGCACCGACGAAGGCCUGGCCCGUGCGGUUGAUGGAGUAAGCUUUUCCCUCGAUGCCGGCCGUACCUUAGCCGUGGUUGGCGAAAGCGGCUGCGGCAAGACGGUCACGGCGCUCAGCAUCCUCCGUCUGCUGUCGAUGCCACCGGGAGAAUUUGCCGGGGGCAAAAUUGUGUUCGACGGGCGAAACCUUAUCGAUCUGCCUUCCCGCGAGUUGCACGCCAUCCGCGGUGGCGACAUCGCCAUGAUCUUUCAAGAGCCCGGCACCAGCCUGAACCCGGUGUUCACCAUCGGAGAUCAAAUCACCGAGGCCAUCUUGCUGCAUCGCAAGAUGUCGAAAGCCGAGGCCCGUAGCGAAGUGCUUCGCGUGUUGAGAGAGGUUCGCAUGAGCGAACCCGAGCGGCGGAUCAAUCAAUAUCCGCAUGAGUUAUCUGGUGGGAUGAAGCAGCGAGCCAUGAUUGCCAUGGCACUCUCGUGCAAUCCCCGCCUGUUGAUCGCCGACGAGCCAACCACGGCGCUCGAUGUCACGAUCCAGGCACGAAUUCUCGAACUGCUUCGAUCAACCCAAGCCAAUCAUGGCAUGGCCGUGCUGCUGAUCACGCACGACUUGGGCGUCGUGGCCGAGAUGGCGAAUGACGUGGUGGUGAUGUACGCCGGCCGGGUCGUAGAAAAAGCCAACGCCAAGGAACUAUUCGCCCGACCAGCCCAUCCUUACACCAAGGGAUUGUUUCGCAGUUUGCCCCGGGUUGACCACGAGUCGGAAGCGCUCGAGGCGAUUGAUGGCAGCGUGCCGCCGCCGACCAACUUCCCCACAGGCUGCCGCUUCAAGGACCGCUGCUAUGCGGCAACCGAGAAGUGCAACGAGGACCCUCCUUACAUCGAAGUCGUCCCGGGCCACACUUCUGCUUGCUGGUAUGCCAACGAAAUGGCCAGAACCGUGAACGCGCAAUCGACCAUCGAAACACCGACUCCCACACCAACAGACAUAAAACCGCUGCUGGAAGUCGAAAACCUGAAGAAGUACUUCCCCAUCCGUGGAGGUGUGCUUUCGCGGGUUCAAGAGGAAGUGCGGGCCGUCGAUGGCGUCAGCUUCACCUUAGGCCGUGGGCGCACGUUGGGACUUGUUGGCGAAAGCGGGUGCGGCAAGACGACCGUGGGGCGAACCCUCCUGCGGCUCAUCCCUCCCACCGACGGUCGGGUCCUGUUCAAUGGCCAAGAUGUCUUCGAGCUGCCGCGAAAAGAAAUGAGAGAUUUGCGGCGCGACAUGCAAAUCAUCUUUCAAGACCCCUACGCAUCACUCAAUCCGCGGAUGACCGUAGGGUCGAUCAUCGGCGAACCCUUACGAGUGCACGGCCUGGCCCGGGGUGCAGAAUUACGUGAGCGCGUGGGGCAACUUAUUGAAAAGGUCGGCUUCGCUCGCGAGAUCGCCAGCCGUUACCCACACGAAUUCUCCGGCGGGCAGCGGCAGCGGAUCGGCGUCGCGCGGGCGUUGGCCCUUGAACCAGAUCUCAUCGUAUGCGACGAACCCACCAGUGCUCUGGACGUAUCUAUCCGCGCCCAGGUGAUUAACCUGUUGGACGAGUUGCAACUGAACAACCAAAUCAGCUACCUGAUGAUCAGCCACGAUCUGGCCGUGGUGCGGCAUAUCAGUCACGAAGUAGCGGUCAUGUAUCUGGGGAAGAUCGUCGAGCAGGCACCGACAGAAACUUUGUUUCGCCACCCCCGGCAUCCGUACACCCGGGUGCUGCUCUCAGCUAUCCCUGUCCCAGACCCGUCGCGAGUGUACGAGCGCGUGGUCGCGCUCGACGACGAAAUCCCUUCACCGAUCAAUGUACCGCCUGGGUGUGCUUUUCAUCCCCGCUGCCCACUGUACGCCGUGAAGGGCAAGCCGGCGGAUUGCCGGGAAAAAGCCCCGCAGCUUCGCAUCGUCGGCGAUGAGGCACCCUCGCUGGUAAGUUGUCAUUUCGCGGAGGAAACCGAUCAGCACCUGGCCCGUCCAACGCUGCAGGACGAAGGUCCUCAAAUGCUUUUUGGUGGCGAGUUUUCAGUUGCUUGGGAGAAAUUGAACGUGAACCGAGUGUUGCACUACAUCCUUGCCGCGAUCACAUCUCUGACUAUCGCGGGCACGACUCUGGCCGAUGAAACCAAGCCUAUUCUCGUCGUCUCCCUGAAAGGCCAUCAAAACCUUCUCUCCGACUUAGAGUUCGUUGGCUCCACGACUGCCAUCAACGAGCAGACUCGCGAGUCUAACGGCAAAAGAUUUGUUAACGUUUUCGUGAAUCCCUUCCUGGGUAAGCUGCUCGAAAUCGAGGAUUUGAAUAUUCGCGAGCUGCCUGGAGUCGACUCCGAACGCCCCUGGGGCUUCACCGUGCUGACCGACGAGGUAAACAUCGUCCCGCUCGGCUUCCUGCCAAUCACUGAUUUGGAAGCCUUUAUCGAGUACGCCAAGCAGUACAACGGCGAUCGCGUUCGAGAGACGGAAGACGGUCUCUACGAAAUGAAUCUCACCGACACCGAGACUUUCUACAUCAAGGUCGAGGGCGACUGGGGUUACUUCGGCCAAGGCCCCCACAACUUGAAGGACCUCCCUAACCCCGAUGAAAUUCUCGGUGACUUACCCGCCAAGUACGACGUUGGCAUGCGUAUCGAUUUCCAAGAAGUCCCGGCAUUCCUGCGAGACAUGAUUCUCGACUCCUCCGACCGUUUGGGAGAUCUCUCGCCGAUUGAUGGCCUCGAGAAUAUCACGGCCAUGCUGGGCGACGAUCCAGGUGAGGCGUUGAGCAUCAUGCUGACCGAACUCGAUCAGGUAACUAUCGGUGGGUCGAUCAAUGAAGACACCCGGGACCUGACAUUCGACGUGGAAGUAGUUCCGGUUGAAGACAGCGGCGCGGCAAAGGAAUUUGCAGCCUUACCCGAGUCCACCACCCGCUUCGGGAGCUUGAUCAACGAUGACUCGGCCGUGAUGAUGCACUUCACGAUCGACGAGAUGACCCCAGGUAUGCAAGACUUGGCGAGCGAGACCAUUGCCGACUAUCAGCAGCAAGUCAUCGCGGCCAUUGAAGCAAACGAGCAAGUGGCCAACGACCGUGAGCGAGAAAUCUUCGGUGAGCUGCUCACCAACUUCACCGAGAUUGCCUCUGCUUCGAUCGAGACUGGUAGCAUCGACAUGGCCAUGCGAAUGACCGGAUCUGCCCCCAAGUUCACCAUGGUGGGUGGAACGAAGAUCGCCGACCGGGAACCCGUCGACGCCAUGAUCCGCCGAAUCGGCGAGCUUGCAGACGGCGACCCCGGUUUCGAAUCGGUGACCCUCGAAGUUGCAGAGCAAGACGGCGUGGCGAUUCACGCCUUCAAGUUCGCCGGUGCUGUGAGUGAAGGAGAAUCCACAGGCGCAGGCUUAUUGGAACCACUCUUCGGCAAGUCGCGAGAGAUGCACGUGGCUGUUGGAGACGAUGCGUUCUUCUUCGCGUUUGGCCCCGAUGGGCUCGAACAGUUGAAGGCCGCUAUGCAGAUCGAAGAGAAGACCGUCCCGCCGAUGGAAUUCGUCAUCGAACUGAAAGCCUUCUUCGGAAUUUUGUCUGAAGCGGCCGGCGAAAGCCAAGAACUGAAGCUCAUCAUGGGCGUUCUUCAACUGCAAAUGGCCACGGUCGAUUCGCAUAUGAAAAUGAACCAAACCAUGUCGAAUACUGUUUCCGAAUCCAAUGUGAUUUCCGAGAUCAAGGACCAGGUGAAGUGGAUUUGGUUCAAUCGGCCCGAGGUGCGUAACGCGCUGAUCCCUUCCUCGGCUGAUGCAGUGCGUGAGCACAUUGAGAAAGCGUCUGAAGAGGGUGCCCGAGUGAUUGUUCUCGGUGGAAAAGGCGGAGCCUUCUGUUCGGGGGCGGACCUGAAAGCCGUCACCCAGAUGGACGAGUACUCUGGUGUCCGCGAUGUGCUGACGAACUGUUACCACCCCUUGGUUCUGGCCAUGGCCGAGAGCCCCCUACCGGUAAUCGCAGCAGUAGACGGGGCAGCCGCCGGCAUCGGCUGCGAUAUCUCCCUGGCCGCCGAUAUGCGACUGGUUAGCGACCGUGCGUUCUUUGCGGAGAUCUUCGUCAACAUCUCACUCAUCCCCGAUGGCGGUGGGACCUUCACCCUGCCCCGGUUGGUGGGCUUAGGACGGGCGCUGGAGAUGGCCGCCACCGGAUGCCGGGUACCGGCCGAGCAAGCCGUUGCCUGGGGAUUGGCGAACCACGUCUAUCCGGCCGACAGUUUCGAAGAGAAAGUGCAAGAGUUCGCCGCCGCGCUGGCAAAGAAGGCCCCGCUCUCGAUCGCUCGCAGUAAGCAGGCCAUCCGUCAAAGCAUGAAUGGGGGCAGCCUGAAAGACGCCCUCGCCAUCGAGGCCGAUCUUCAAGAAGAACUGUCGCAAUGCGGCGACUUCCCCGAGGGGGUUAUGGCAUUCAUCGAAAAGCGAGAACCCAACUUCCAGGGCAAAUAG